CAAGAACGAACUCAACAACUGAACAGUAUACUGAAAUUCAUCCAAAAUUACGGUUCAUUUUGCAAACUUUUACUUUUGCUACUCGUUUCUGCAGAAUAGUUUCAGUGUGGGUCAGUUCGUGGGUUAAUGAGGUGAUUGCACUUGCCUUGGUGGCAACACCGGCUCGAAAGGUUUGAAAAGUUCUGAAUCUCUUGAUGUGAUCGAACGAAAAAGCACUUCAUGCAACUGCAGCUCGAGGGAGUUGCAGUCGCCAAACUGAAUUUCACGAUUUCGUAAUCGAGGAUUGAGUUCGAGAUACAAGAUUGUUGUCAAACAAAAAUUCGGCUUGCCAAAAUUGUGGCACAUAAGUGGGUACACAGCAUAGACUUAUGGUACAUAGUAUCAAAUGUCGAAUAUGUAUGAAUCGUGAUUGCGCUGGUUUAAUGUGAAUAUUGUAAAAUUUAUUAUGUCUCAACACGGUGCUGCCUUACAAACAUAUAAUCAGGAACUUGUUAAAUGUCUGGAAGAGAUGAAGGUGCGCCGAUCUGAAUUACAGGUUCAGAUUGAUUCCCAAGAGGAAGAGAAGCACAACCUUCAAAGAGAAAUAGAAAAGUUGUCCUACAAAUUGACACAGCUCAAUGAUAGCUUGGCUAAAAGAAUAGCAACUAGAAAUGACUAUGAUAGAACGAUUGCAGAAACAGAAUCUGCUUAUAUCAAGAUCUUAGAAAGCUCCCAACUGUUACUCAAUAUGGUUAAAAGAGAGGCAACGUGUUUAGAUCAAAGUUUGCUCAAAACUAAUACUGACAAAUAACUGUGGAAAACACGAAAAUGUACAGAUUGAUUUUCCCAUAUUUAUUAUUUUCUGAAAUACAUCAGUGUCUUCGUCUACUGAUACGCUUAAAAAACCUAUCCAUGAGAAGACUGCAAAAGAUACGUUAUGUAUAUUAUAUGAAUGUAUAUACCUGCAUGCACAUAUAAUUAUACACCAAGUACAAAAUUGUAAAUAUGUAUUUUGAAUACUCGUAAAUUAUCGUAUCUACAGCUGAAUUCAAUCUCUACAUGGUUAUUCGUUGGCGACGUUUUACAUACGAUUUAUAUUACAAGGCCUAGCUUUUGUCUAGUAGUUAUUAAAGUGUGUAUGUAUUUCGUACCUCUGUUUGCUCAUCUGUUGAUCUGGGAGUGCAAGAGAAAUUGUACAACUUCAAUAAAUAUAAUUUUUGAUACAUUAA